CUCACAGCUCUGCGGCGUUAUCGCAUUUUUGAUCAAUCGCCACAGCCGCAAACAAGUUGCGAUUUUAGUUGAUUUAAAUUUAGAGGCAAAAAGAAAGAAGGAACAGGCUGCAGGACAUGGAGAAAGUGGCGCCGCGCAUCAAGGUGCUGGAGGAGGCGUUUGACGGCAAUGGUAACGGAUGCGGCAGCGUGGAGGCCACCCAAUCGGCCAUUUUGAAAGUGCUGACGCGGGUGAACCGCUUCCAGGUGCGCGCCCGCAAGCACAUCGAUGAUAACUACGUGGAGUUCAUGCCCAACCACACCUCGCCGGACACUUACCUGGAGGAGUCGGCCUCCCUGACCCGGGAAAUCCACGAUCUUCUGGAGACGGUGGGCUCCGAGGGCUUGGGCGCCUUGGACGAGGCGAAUGCCAAGUUGGCGGACAGCGGCAGGCAGCUGCGGGAGAUCCUGUUGGGCCUGAGAGUCAGCGAGCAUGUGCUCAAGAUCGACGAUUUGUUCCGGUGCGUGGAGGAGGCCAAGACUACCAAGGAUUUCCUGGUUACCCUGGACCUGGUGGGUCGUUUGUGGGAGUUCAUCUACGGCGACGACUCGUCGGUGGCCACGCCCGAGGUGCGACGCAUCUUCAAUACUCUCGAUUGCUACGAGACAUGCAAGGUGAAGUACCAUUGUCAGGCCUACCUGCUGGAGCAGAGCCUCCAAGAGCGCUUCGAUCGGCUGGUGCAGCUGCAGUGCAAAUCAUUCCCCACAUCGCGCUGCGUCACGCUACAGGUGAGCCGGGAUCAGGCGCAGCUGCAGGACAUCGUGCAGGCCCUCUUCCAGGAGCACUACAAUCCCGCGCGCCUCUGCGAAUUCCUGAUGGACAACUGCAUCGAGCCGCUGAUCCUUCGGCCGGUGAUGGCCGAGUACAGCGAAGAUGUGGACGGUGGCUCCCACGUCCGGCUAUCGCUCUCGUACGCCACCAAAGAGCCCAGCUCUGCCCAGCUGCGCCCUAACUACAAACAGGUCUUGGAUCACUUUCGACUGCUGCUGCAAACGCUGGCCGGCAUCAACAGUAGUGUGUCCCGCGAGAAGCAUGUGUUCAGCAUCAUUGGCGAUCAUGUCAAGGACAAGAUGCUGCAGCUACUGGUGGAUGAGUGCCUAAAACCAGCCGUGCCCGAGACCAUGGAGGAGUAUCAGUCCUCAACGCUGUGCGAAGAUGUGACUCAGUUCGAGCAGCUGCUGGCGGACUCGUUCCUCAUCAAUCCCGAGCAGGAUCGCGCACUGGGCCAGUUCGUCGAGCAGUACGAGACCUACUACCGCAACCGACUGUUUAGUCGGGUUCUGGAAACGGCGCGCGAGAUCAUCCAGCGGGAUCUGCAGGACAUGGUGCUGGUGGCGCCCAACAACCUAUCCACCGAAGUGGCGAGCGAUCCCUUCCUCUUUCCACGCUGCAUGAUCUCCAAGAGUGCACAGGACUUCGUCAAACUGAUGGACCGCGUCGUGCGCCAACCCACCGAAAAACAGGGCGAGGACGGAGCCGAUCCUCUGGCCGGCAUCGUGUCCGUCAUGCUGCACACCUAUAUCAAUGAAGUGCCCAAGGUGCACCGCAAGCUGCUCGACAGUAUUCCACAGCAGGCGGUGCUGUUCCACAACAAUUGCUUGUACAUGACCCACUGGGUGGCCCAGCAUGCCGACAAGCGCAUCGAAAGUAUGGCGGCGCUGGCCAAAACGCUACAGGUCACCGGCCAACAGCACUUCCGCGUGCAGGUCAACUACCAGGCCUCCAUUUUGAUGGAUAUCAUGCAGGGCUUCGAGUUCGAGAGCCCGCACACGCUGGGCUCCAAUCCGCUAAAGCUGGUGCGCCAGUGCCUCCGCCAGCUGGAGCUGCUGAAGAACGUGUGGGCCAAUGUGCUCCCGGAGACGGUGUACAAUGCCACCUUCUGCGAGCUGAUCAACACCUUUGUCGCCGAGCUGAUCCGCCGCGUGCUCACGCUGCGCGACAUUUCCGCCACGAUGGCCUGCGAGCUGAGCGACCUUAUCGACGUGGUGCUGCAGCGGGCGCCCACCCUCUUCCGCGAGCCGAACGAAGUGGUCCAGGUCUUCAGCUGGCUGAAACUGCAGCAGCUGAAGGCCAUGAUGAACGCCUCGCUCAAGGAGAUCACGGAGCUGUGGUGCGACGGCGCUGGUCCGCUGACUGCCAGCUACAAGUCGGACGAGAUCCGGCACCUAAUCCGGGCGCUCUUCCAGGACACGGAUCGUCGGGCUAAGGCCAUGACCCAAAUUGUUUAAGCUUCCCACUAGAAUGGAUGGGUUUUUGGCGAAAAAAUAGUAGUGAUGUGAGGAACCAAAAUGGAAUUGGAAUUGAUGAAAUAUCACUUUUGUAGAUUAUUAUUAUUACGAUUAUUUUGCGAAGGAGGAGUGGUGAUGUCAGGUGUCAACUUAUUUUGCUUACAAAAUGUGAAUGUGAAUUGAUUAAAUAUCACUUUUAAAGAUUAUUAUUAUUAAU